UAAUUCGUGUCACACCGGGUGUAUCCUCCAAGCUAACCUUAGGCUAGUUAGAUGUAGCCAACUAGCUAUAGAUAAUUGCCAUUAUACGCAGUUUUACAAUGAACAUCCCUAACACUAUUAUUGAGGGAACGUAAAGAUAAUCAGUGGCGACAUUAUUUCAUAUUCACUGUCUUUUUAUUUUUCCCACGAGCCAGGUUGAGUUCAUUUGAACCACUAUUGCCCCGUGCUGGCUAGUUAGCGGUUAGCCUCUUCAGUAGUGUAUGGGUGUCCGAGUUGACUGUGACUUCACUGCCUGUUUGGUUUCCUCAUCUCGCAUUUUGGACACGUCAAGGUUCGUUGGAUCUGUAGGUUGAUUUUUUGGGGACGUGUGAUGUCGGAGCCGAAGAACCCCACCCCUGCUGCUGACACGUACAAAGGAUGGGUAUUCAAGUGGACGAAUUACAUCAAAGGCUACCAACGGAGGUGGUUCGUCUUGAGCAACGGGCUGCUGUCAUACUACAGGACCCAGGCAGAGAUGGGACAUACGUGUCGGGGCACAAUAAACCUGGCCACAGCGACCAUCACAGUGGAUGACGCCUGCAACUUUGUCAUCUCCAAUGGCGGAGCUCAGACGUAUCACCUGAAGGCCAGCUGUGAGGUGGAACGUCAGCGGUGGAUCACGGCGCUGGAGCUAGCUAAAGCGAAAGCAGCGCGCUUGCAGGCUGAGUCUGAUGACUCAGGCGAUGACUUCCCUUCAUCGUCGCUGCCCGUGGCUCCUGGCCAAGGUGGGGGGUCACAGAACUCAGAGGUCCAGGCUGCUCUCAGAACACUGGGCAGCAAGGUGGAGGAUCUCAGCACGUGCAAUGACCUCAUCUCAAAGCACGGCUCUGCCCUGCAGAGGUCUUUAUCGGAGCUGGACAAUCUGCGUCUGCCUGGAGAAGCAGGCGAUAAGUUUCGUCAGGUGACGGAAAGAGCCACGCUGUUCCGCAUCACAUCAAACGCCAUGAUUAAUGCCUGCAGAGACUUCCUGGCCCUGGCGCAGGCCCACAAUAAGCGAUGGCAGAAAGCUUUGCUGGCAGAGCGGGAGCAGAGAGUGAGGCUGGAGGAGGCGUUGGAGCAACUGGCUAAACAGCACAAUCACCUGGAGCGGGCCUUCAGAGGCGCUGCACAAGCUAACGCUGCCCCGGAUAAUAAAGGUGCUACAGGCCCCGGGAAAGGUGAGGCCAGCGACGAGGAUGACGACAACGAGUUUUUCGACGCCGUGGAGGAGGCUCCAGAGUUCAUCACCGUACCCGCAGACCCGCAGUUCCAUAAAAGAUCGAGCAGCAGUGCCAGCGGUUUCAACACCGAAAUGUGUUCCGAUGAUCAGUCGCUAAACGACGAGCCCCUGGCGAUGAACCAGGAGUUGUCCUCUCAGGACUUGGUGCCCCUGAAAAAGAGGCGAACGCGCAUCCCAGACAAGCCCAACUACUCCCUGAACCUGUGGAGCAUCAUGAAGAACUGCAUCGGCAAAGACCUGUCCAAGAUCCCCAUGCCGGUAAACUUCAACGAGCCCAUUUCCAUGUUGCAGCGCCUGUCGGAGGACCUGGAAUACCACGAGCUGCUGGACAAGGCUGCAAAGUGCCACAGCUCCCUGGAGCAGAUGUGCUACGUGGCGGCGUUCUGCGUGUCUGCCUACUCCACCACCGUCUACCGCACGGGAAAGCCCUUCAACCCUCUGCUGGGAGAGACGUUCGAGCUGGACCGCCGAAGAGAAAGCGGCUACCGCUCGCUCUGUGAGCAGGUGAGUCACCACCCUCCCGCGGCGGCGCAUCAUGUGAUAUCAGAACGCGGCUGGACCCUGAGGCAGGAGAUCACUGUUGCCAGCAAGUUCAGGGGCAAAUACCUGUCCAUCAUGCCAUUAGGAACGAUUCACGCCGUCUUUGCAAAGAGCAAUAAUCACUACACAUGGAAGAAGGUUACCACCACGGUACACAACAUCAUUGUGGGGAAGCUGUGGAUCGAUCAGUCUGGAGAGAUCGACGUAGUGAACCACACCACGGGAGACCGCUGCCACCUGAAGUUCGCCCCUUACAGCUACUUCUCCAGAGACAUAGCCAGAAAGGUGACAGGUGUGGUGAUGGACAAGGACGGGAAGGCCCACUACGUGCUCUCAGGCACGUGGGAUGAGAAGAUGGAGUUCUCCAGGGUGAUGCAGAGCAGCCGGGGAGGGGAGAACGGCACGGAGGGCAAACAGAAGACGGUUUAUCAAACCCUGAAAGCCAGAGAGCUGUGGAAGAGAAACCCGCUACCCGACGGAGCGGAGUCCAUGUACUUCUUCACGGCGCUGGCUCUUACCCUGAACGAGCCGGAGGAGGGCGUGGCGCCCACAGACAGCCGGCGGAGACCCGACCAGCGUCUGAUGGAGGACGGUCGCUGGGACGAAGCCAACAGCGAGAAGCAGCGUCUGGAGGAGAAGCAGCGCAGCGCCCGGCGGGAGAGGGAACGCGAGGCCGCCAGCCAACGAGCCUCCAGCCAAUCAGAAGAAGCUGUCGAUGAGGACUCUUUUGGUGAUCCCUCCCUCAAAAGUGUGCCUCACGACAACUAUAAAUCUCGCUGGUUCGAUCGCUGCGAGGACCAAAUCACAGGUGAGCAGAUUCACAUCUAUAACGGAGGCUACUGGGAAGCCAAGGAGCUGGGCAGCUGGGAGGGCUGCCCUGAUAUAUUCUGACCUCAGAGUGUAAAUUGCCCCGAAGAGACUGAACUCCUCAGCCGCCCAGACGGCUACGUAAAAGCCCCAGUCACCUGAUGGGACGGCUGCUUCCCUUCCAGCGUCUCUCUGUUCUAAGAGAUCUCCCGGAUGGACAGUCGUUGCUGUCCGUUUGAGAGGAGAGAGAGAGAGAGAGCGUCCUGUUUCGGUUGUCGUCUACUUAAGUCUCAGCGUCUACUUGUUUUGUUAUCUGAAAAAGGAUUUGGAUUAAAAUGAAUGCUUCGGGUUUUUGAUUUGGGUCGGCAUAAAGGAGGAAGGGAUGAUGUAAGCAGUGCUUCCAAAAUUAGCUGCAGGUUGUUCUUCUGAGUCUGUGGGAUCAGGAGCAAAGCAAGUCGAGGGCGGACGGCGUUCUGUGCGCUUAGAAAAUAAAACUCUAAAAAAUGGGGGAAACCUGGGUAAUAUAUACGUUUAUAUUUAAUUCUGAUUAUGACUUUAUUAAAAUGUCUGUUGGUGGCCUUUAAAACAUUAAGAGUUGUUCUCGUUUCUCUUUGAUUUAGUGUCUUAAUGUGACAAAGUGAAAGUUUGCGAGUGUGCGUGUGCGUGUGUGUGUGUGUGUGCGUGCGCGCGAAUGAAAUCAUCAUCUCUUCUAUUGUUAUAAAAAAUAGCAACUUUGAAUCACAAAAUGCCUAAAGGGAAACUUUGACCACUCUGAAGUGUGUUUCUCUGUAAAAGCGAUGAUUAUUUUACUUGCUGUUGUUUGCUUCCUGAACAGCCUCUGUUUGGAGAAAUAACUUACAUCUAAGACCAAUGUGGAAUCGCUCAGAUCUUCAAAUUUUAUUUUGGCUUUUAUUCUAAAACCUUCAUAUGGUUGUGAACAUUAAAUUCAAUGGUAAUUAAGAACUUCAAUAGCUAAAUGUAGCAUUUUGAGUGUGUGCAGGGGUCGAGUCUGGCGGGAACUUCUAGAUAUUUCUGCCAAAAUACCAGUUUAUUGAAGAAGAUUUCUAAAAUAACGUUUGAAUGUGAUAUUGUGAUGGUUGCAGCUAUUUAAAUCCACACGUACAUCAUGGCUUUCUCUGUGCCUAGCCUUUAGCUUGUCAAUCCAGUAGAAGAAAUUGGUCGACUGGAAUCGGCCAACAUUCAUUGGAAUAGGCUUGGGUUUGUUUGUGUGUAAUCUGUCAAAAAUCAACAUUAAAAUCUGCAAUUUAAUCUACUGAGUUAAACGCUAUUGUUUCAACUUAAAAUAAUCUGGCAGUUAUAGUCUUAUUAGACAUCUAUCGAAAAUACCUAAAUCUGCAUCGCCCUGGAAACCAGAAUUGGUGCAACACUCUGUUAUUAAAAUGUUAUUGCCAUGAACUAAGGCCAUUCAGGAGGAUAAAUACCGCGAUGAAUGAAGUAGUCAUUUAUAAUUUACACAUAGAAGCACGCUUCAGCGUGGCCAAAACAUCCCUUUAAAGUUGUGAUUGUCUAGAUUACUCGUUGACCAUCAACACUGUCAUAUUUUAUAGCUGAAAAGGAAACAAAUGGGGUUUUAACUACGUAGAUCUACAUGGUGAAAUGUGUAUCUUUGCCUUAACCAGGAGCAGACCUGCUCUCACCUGUGAAAACGUCACAGCUAAACGAACAAAACAUUUCUAGUUUUGUUGUAGAAACACUUGAAGGGACUUGUUGGUUGAUUUAGUGUAAACUGACCUAAGUUUACUGUUGAGAGGUCGCACAAAUAGCAACUUCUAGUGAAACCACCCCUUUUUCACAGUGCUAGAAUCUCAUUUUGCCAAUAAAAUAACAAAGUUAGAUCAUAUUAGCAAAUAACUGAGCAAAGUUUUGGUGACUUGGUACGUAAAGUAAAGUAAAUGCAGUGGUGGGAGUGAAUAAGGCGCCUUUUGUGUAUCCGUGGAUGAAUUCACACUUAUGCAAGUAUAAUUUAACACCAAAAACAUGACUGUGUGUGUGUGUUUCACAAAUUUGUGUGUAAGUGUACUUAAAAAUGAAGAAUAAGCGGAGUUUAAAUGGAUUGCGGAUAACAAUGACUAUACAUGUGUAUAUAUAAUAGUAUCGAUGACCGUAUUGUAGUCUCUUUUUCUUUUUCCUCAAACUUUUUUGUUCUUCUUGUAAUACUGGGAGAGAACUGUCUUCACGUUCAGAAAAAAGGGAGUUUAUGUUCAUGACUCGGAACGGAGACGUGACAUUGUUCAGUAUUUUGUAUUGGAGCAGAUUUUAAAACUAAAAUCUGUAAUAAAUGCUGAUAUGUCAAA